UGUUAGCAGUGCGGCUAACUACCACCAGCAGGUGAGUUAACUGUCAGAGCCGAAGACUUCUGCUUCAAGCUGCCCGGAGAUAGUAGCAACAGUUCACAGAGGCUCUGAGCAUUGCUGGCCUUUCCAGGCGGGGCAGUUUUGGAAAUUACAGUGGAGGCCGGACUGGAGAAGAGAGAGGCUGAGGAGGAAGCAUGUCCACCGACCAGGAGCCCACGUUCACAGUGAAGCUGCUGCAGCUGCUGCUGCUCUCCACCUACUGGGGAAUGCAGAUUUGGGUCACUUUCAUUUCAAGCUUUGUGAUGGACAACCACCUGAACAGACACACUUACGGGUUCAUCCAGAGUCGUCUUGUCCCGUUCUAUCUCCACCUGGGUUCAGCCUGUGCCUUCUUUAACCUCACCAUCUACGCCGUGUACCAUCCCAGCGACAUGCUGGAUGACAGAGAGGCCUUUCAGAUCUUCAUCUUCUUUGUGUCUGUGACGGUAGCGGCCGUGAACGCCCAGUGGUUUGGCCAGAUGACAUCGGAGAUCAUGGCAGACAUGCACCUUAUCGAGCAGUCGUGUGGAUUAGGUCAGGAUAUCGGCCUGUCGUCGAACCGCGAAGCUUACGCCAAACUGUGCGAGACAGACGUCAAAUACAGACACCUCAGUGGUCGUCUGUGGCUGUACAGACUGCUAUCCUCCCUCUGUAACCUCUGCUGCAUUGGCUGCAACUUCUACAGCCUCUGCUACAUGGCCGAGAACCUUGUCACACUUUAAAACUGAUGCACAGCAGCUGGACUGUGAAAUUGUUGAAAAAUAGUCACUCCCACACCUUACAGAUUUAGAAAGUCCUAUUUUUUUUUGUAUCAAAGCAGUAAUUUAUGUAUUUAAUACAUGCAGUCUUUCUCUGCCUCAUUCGUUAUGAGGUAGAAAGUCAGGUAAGCCUUGUUGUUCUUGUGCCUUGGGGAAUAACGAAAGCCUUCGAGCUCUGCUGAGGCUUCAGUCUUUUGUUGGUCUCGAGACAAGCAGGGUCACUGAAGCUGCAUUUCUCUCCUGAAGUUUGUAGGGAGAUGAGUCAGUUCCUGCGAUGAGUUAUGCCUCACCUUUCACCUAGUGAGGCUGAGGCUGGUGGCACCCUUGAGAGUUCCCUUUACCAUUACACUAUGGCACCUCUCAGGAACGCAAAACAUGAGCGAUGUUUCUAACAGCUUUGUACGGGACAGAUUAACAGAAAAUAGUCCCAGUGCACUGCACCUUUUUUAUACCAAAUAUAAGCAACAGGCAUUUUUUUAAGGGAACUGCUCUCAUGCUGCUCAGUCCUGCUCUUCCUGUUUGGGUGUAGUUUUAAUACCUUGUGCGCAGUUUAGUGUCACAGGUUUGUCUGACUUAUAAAGAGCACCUUUGCUGCUUUCUGCUAGUAUGAAAAACACUUUUACUACAUGGUAUCCAAUCAGUACUGUUUUUAGCCCAUUUAAAACACCCUGGCACCAGGGAUUUGAUCGUUAUAUUGGAAUUAGAAUUUAUUGGUGUUUGUAAGCAGGCCCAGUGUAUUGAUCUGCAGUUGUUAUAAGAUUUGUUCUUGGUUCUUGAACUGGUAGACCCUUUGCUGUUCUUCAGGAAGACACUAUUGCUACUUUGUCAAUGAGCAUGGACCUGUCAACAUUGUUAGUUUUCUUACUCUACUUCACGUGUAGUAAAUUCUCUAUUGGUCUCCUAUUGGAAGACCUGAACGACAUCUCAGCAGUCAGCCCUUUCACUGGUCAUACCAGUAUGACCGCCACGAACAUUGUUACCUUACAGUGUGCCUCAGAUGAGAAUUAGUCUGUUGCCUGAGUUACUCACUUGUGUUUCUGCUCUGUUCUAUAAUGCCUCUGUGUACCGUAUGUCUGAAUGUGUUAAAAUACGAUGGUGUGGCUUUUGGGAAGCUGUACAGCCGUGAUUGGAAUUGAAGCCAAAUCAUUUUUGAGCUGUACUCGCACUAGAGUUGUGCUCUGUGCAACACAGUUCUCAGGUGUCAGAGCUUUUUUUAGUCAUAGUUUGAAUAUAUUUGCGCUGUUCUUUAUUUCACACGUCAAGCAAAAAGGAUGUUGUCGGUUCUAUAUUGUCAAGUUUUUUUUGCACAUGUUGAAAUUAUGUUAACAAACCUCUUCUGCUGUGAUGGCCCCUCCUCUUCGUAACUGUUUGGUGAAACCUUUCUCUCAAUGUGUUUCUUCUUUUUCCUGUUCCUCUAGUUUCUGUUUGCAUUAGUCUGCAAUACACGUCCAUUAAACCAAAGUAAAAAAUUGCAUCAGCACCAACAGUACUUCAGUUAUCAGGGCCGAGGCAGCAGAGUUGUUUCUGAAACUCCUUUUUUUAUUGUUCUGACUGGACUGAUGAAGGUACUUAUUAUAUGCCUGUCACUGGCAAACACAAUGCAUUAUUACUUGGUAGUUGUUUUAUAGUGAACACGUCCUUUAUGUGGUGUUGCCUGUUGGCUUGGCCAGUUUAAAUUAAUAUAAAAUUUGAUUUAUUUCGAGACACUUUUGUGCAUAAAUAUUAAAGCUAUAUUAGGAUGUGAAAUUUUAAAAUAACUUUUUCAUGAAUUAGUAGGUAUUUAUGCCAGUUUCUGAUAUGUUUGAGAUAAUGGGUUGUGUCUGUUGAUGUGGCUUUUGUAAUACUGAAUGUAAGUCGCCUGAAGACCAUUGAGGUCAGAGGUCAUGAGCUGUUUAUGGUAGUGGGUUUGUAUCAAAGAUGUUUUGACAUAUAUGGUCUUUUUUUGUAUUAAAAUACCUAAUCUCUCA